AUGUCGAACAAUCUGAUCGCUGUUGUCCCCGUCCUCGACGGCUCGAACUGGCCUACCUGUUCCGAGCAAAUGAUCGCGUACCUUAUGUCCCAAGGCCGCUGGGGAAAUGUUGAUGGCAGCAUCACGCAGCCAGCUGUCGUCGUCUCCGGUACCACCAGGGACUCAACCACUGCUGACGCCUGGAAGGAAAAAGAUGUCAGGGCUAUGGGUACGAUCCGUCUGCGCUGCUCUCCCGCCCUGCGGGGGGCCUUAUCAACGAAGAUUCCGGCGGAUCAGCACCCUGCUCCAGCCUUCGCAAAGAUAUCCAAACAUUUCGACACUCUGGAAGCGGCCAAGGUCAAGAUUCCCAUGGUUAUUCAAAGUCUAAUUUGCCUUUAUGCGCUCCCCAGCCGCUACGAGAACAUUGCGCAGAUGCUGGUCCAAGCUACCUCUGCUGACAACAUGAGCAUAGGUGCAGUACGGGAAGCAGUUACCACUGCUUGGGACCAGUCUCAAGGCAAGAAGCCUGAGAAACUCGGUGCGCACAAGAUCUCAGCAGUGAAGCGUAAGCCGGGUGAUCCCUCCUUUUCUUCGCAGCAGCAGCAGCGCCCUCAGGGCAGCAGCAGCAAUGCGCGAGAUGGGAAGAAGCGCCCUUACCGCAGCAAGCGCGCGGGCAAGAAGCGUCAGGGGCAGAACCACGAUCAUCACCAUGCCCAUGACGUCUUGAUCGCCUCGACGUCUCCCUUCCUCCUCCAACCAUCGCUCACGUCCUCGACAUCGCACCCACCGGCAGCAAGACUCGGACGGUCAAAGAGCAAGGUCUGUUCCACCCGCCUCCUUCGGCGGAUACCAGUCACUACAACAACAAGCGUAUCAAGAAAGCCUUCAAGCUCGCACGGGACCUUGAUAUAA